AAGUUAAUGCAAAAUUAUAAGCUGAGCAAGGGUCAUUCAUAUAUGAUUAACAAUAAUCUACCUGAAGAUGUUGUCAUUGAGAUAUUGCUGCGGUUACCUGCAAAUUCAUUGAUGCGAUUCAAGUGUGUGCAUAAAUCAUGGUAUGUUCUCAUAGAAAGCCCCCAAUUUGCAGCAAUGCAACUCUGUAAUAACAGCAGCAAUUAUCUACUCGUCAAUUGUUGGAACCUUAGCGAUACUGGCAGUGUAGAACCAGAAAAUUUAUCAUGGUCCCUGCUUAAAUAUGAAGAUAGAAUGCAGGCAACUUCAAAUUGGGAGGACGAUUCAUUUGCUAUGAAACAUGUCAAAUGGCCACAGAUAUGGUCAAGAUCAAGUCAUUGUAAUGGCAUUAUUUGUCUUUAUGAUGACUCUACUACAAUCAUGGCUAACUUAGGAAUUAGGGAAUUCAUGGUUCUUCCUAAAUCGUGCAUUCCCCUUUCAAGAUCAAAUGAAGAAGGUUAUUAUGAGAGAUUUGCUUUUUUCGGAUUUGGCCUUGAUCAAAGAACCAAUGACUAUAAAAUUGUUAGAAUUAAGAAUAAGAUUCCUUUCGACCAACCUAAUCUUAGAGAGUAUCAAGAUGAUCCCCAAGCUGAGGUAUACACCCUAAGUUCUAAUUCUUGGAGACAAAUUGAGUAUGCAGAUUUUCUUACAUUCGAACUUAACACAUAUUUGUCAACUUAUUGGAAUGGAGCUUAUUAUUGGUCUGCAGCGCAGAAACGACCCCCGCCAGAUGAUUUAGUGUAUGGAGUCUAUUCUUUCGACUUCACUAAUGAGGUUUUCUAUUUUAAAAUAAUCCCUGAUCAUGUAUCGUUCCCUUCUUUCCCCCUUUAUGGAAUGACUGAGUUUAAUGGAACUCUUGCUCUCAUAUCAUAUUACUACCAUGAGCCAGAGAAAAUUUUCGAUAUUUGGGUGAUGGAUGAACUUGGAGUUAAUGGGGUUUGGACAAAGUUAACAUCGACUCAACCUCUUUUAGGAGUGGAGAGGCCUUUGGGAUUUUUGACGAGUGAUGAAUUGUUGCUACUGUUAUCAGGUGAAUCUCUUGGUCAUCAAGGUAUGAAGAUUGCAUCCUACAAUAUUGUUACCAGGCAAAUGAAGACUCAGCUAGUUUAUGAUAAAAAUUGUUAUUGUGACGCUAUGAUUUACAAGUGGAGUCUAGUCUCAAUAAAUAAAAGAAGAAUCAAUCUUGCGGAUUUGAAACAGUGCCUUCAUUUUCCUUUCUAGGAUUUUAUGAAAGAUAUGUGCUGGUUUAUGAACAAUAUAUUUAUUAUUAUAUUUAUACUUAUCUUGUGGAUUGAAAGCUGUACUAAGAGUCUAAGCAACAUACAUUUCAUACAUAGCGAAAUCAUUGGAACUGAAAAUACAUGAAUUCAAACAAA